UUGCACUCCGGGCAACACUUACGCUUGCAUCCACGUGGUAGCAAAUGCAGCGCGUGCGGAGUGCAUUUCUCCGCUGUGCUCGCUAAGACAGAUGCUUUUACAAAAAUAUGAUUCAUCUUUAAAGGUCAAAAAUGCAGUGGCCUGUUGUCUUUCUGAAGAAACAAAUCCAGAUUUUCAAGGAAAUGUUUAUACCUAGAAGACCAAUUUACUUAAUAAUGACACAAAGACAAUUGAGACCAGUUAACAUUCAAACACCAGCCGUGGUGCGGACUUGUCAAAGCACUUUUUGGAAUUUACGUUUUCAGAGGAACUACAAAAAAGAUUUAAAGACAUCUCUAGAAUAUUUUGAAAACCCAUUGAAUGUGACUGAAAUUAGGCAGUACCUGAGAUCGAAAGACAUUUUGUUUUAUGAUGGGUACUGCUGCUUACAUACUGCAAGUCUGUUCAAGCAGCGAUCUGAAGGUUCAGACAGCACAGAAAGGGACAAUUUCUCCUUAUUUAUUGACAAGACUACUGGUCAAUUUCUGUGUAAGGAGUCUCUGGUUGAGGGCACCUGGGAGGACUUUCAGGAUUGUAUUGAAGUGAUGCAGAAGGAAGGGCGCAGCUUUCUAAGUCCAAAUGUUCUGGUUGGCUUUCCUGAUAGCGAAGAAGAGCAAGAGGAGAAGGAGAUGGAUCACCGGGAGAUGCAACAAAUCUGGUCUAACUCCAUUGUCCUUUCAGACCUUCCUGAGGAUGAUGCUCAUCUUAUCAAGAUCAUGUUUGGGAUAGGGAAAAUCUCCAAUGGGACUCUGAAGAAAUUUGGAGUCCGUUUUUUUAAGCCUACCAAAAGCCUUGUUUUUCCAUGGCUAUGUAAUAGGAAUAACAGUAUAAAGGGACUGAAGCUACUUUCUGCUGACUGCCAGGGUGAUGAUGUGGUAUAUAGUGAAGCCACCUUUCCAAAACCUAAUACUUACCACAAUCUGUUUGGCCUUAGUUUAGUUGGACCCAAGGAUAAUGAAGUUGUUUUGACAGGUCAGGAAAUUGAUGCAAUGGCAGUCAGCCAGGCCACUGGUCUGCCUAGUGUGGCUUUACCUAGGGGGGUUAGUUGUCUCCCACCUGUUUUGUUACCAUACUUGGAACAAUUUAGAAAAAUAACUCUUUGGCUUGGUGGAGAUCUUCGAUGUUGGGAAGCUUCGAAAAUCUUUGCUCGAAAGCUAAGUUUGAAGCGAUGCUCCUUGAUCCGGCCUGGAGAUUCCCAACCUUGUCCAUCUGUUGCACUGUCCAAGGGAAUAGUACUUGGUAAAAUUCUCAAAGCCUCUAUCCCUGCUGCACACAAGUCCAUCGUUUCUUUUAGACAACUCAGAGAAGAUGUGUUUGGAGAGUUGACAAACAAAGAUCAGGUGUCAGGAAUAAAAUGGACAAGAUUCCCAGAGCUCAAUAAGAUUCUGAAAGGUCACAGAAAAGGAGAGCUAACAGUGUUUACUGGCCCAACAGGCAGUGGCAAGACUACAUUCAUCAGUGAAUAUGCUUUGGACCUGUGUAUGCAGGGGGUGAACACACUGUGGGGGAGUUUUGAGAUCAACAAUGUUCGCUUGGCCAAGAUAAUAUUAACUCAGUUCUCCCAGCAAAGACUGGAAGAAAGUCUAGACCAGUUUGAUGAGUGGGCAGAUAAAUUUGAAGAGCUACCUUUGUAUUUCAUGACAUUUCAUGGGCAACAGAAUAUCAAGACUGUGACUGACACAAUGCAACAUGCAGUAUAUCUCUAUGACAUCAGCCACGUGGUUAUUGAUAACCUGCAAUUUAUGAUGGGUCAGGAGAACUUCUCCCUGGACAAAUUUUCUGUACAGGAUUACAUAAUUUCCAGUUUCCGAAAGUUUGCCACUGACAACAGCUGUCAUGUGACAUUAAUAAUACAUCCCCGAAAGGAGGAAGAUGACAAGGAUCUGCAGACAGCCUCAAUAUUUGGCACAGCAAAGGCUAGUCAAGAAGCAGACAAUGUGUUAAUUCUUCAGGAGAAAAAGUUAGUGACGCGUCCUGGGAGGCGUUUUCUACAAGUGGCAAAGAAUCGCUUUGAUGGGGAUGUUGGUGUUUUUCCUCUGGAAUUUAAUAAAAUCUCCCUUACUUUUUCUCCAACAACGGGAAAAAUAAAAUUGCGCAAAUCCAAAGAGGAAACAUUAGAGAAGCCAUUGCAGGCAGAUAUCACAGAAAAAGAGGGAAAGAAGAAGAAAAAGAAGAAAGAUUUAGAUGUGAAAGCUGAUUAAAUAAAGUGAUAAAGAUGUUUUUUUUUACACACUACAGCUAAUAGUACUAAUCUGCUAUGAACUGGAAGUUUUUUGUACCAUUCCAUAGUUUGAAGAAUGGCUUGUCUAAUUGGAAAUGAGUUACUGUUUUGUGACAAAGGAGAAAAUACUUUUCAGGAAAAAGUAAGCAUACAGCUUGGAAAAUACAAACUCAAAGAUGAUUUUGGAAGCAUGUAUGUACUUUGUAUGCUAUGUAUGAAGGAAAUAUUUCCUUUUUUAGGAAUUGUAAAUUUUGAUAUUUUGAGAUGUACGCUUUGGUCUGAAAUACCCCUGAUUUUACAGGAGUUCUCAGAGAGCACAGUGGUUUCUGUCGUAAUGUUUCAGAAAAAUAAACUAACUGAGACCAAGAAUAUAUAUUCUUUACUAAAGUAUAAAAUAAUCUAAUUAUGACAGUUUGCUGACCUAAGACAGCACUAAAGAGUGAAAUGUACUGUAACCAUUGAUUAAGGGUAUUCAUUAAGUAUUUUACCCUUAAGUAACCAAAAAAAAAACUUUUAUAAGACAUUAGUUAGUGGUGUGGUUCCUUGGCACUGAAAUUCUGUAUUUUUCAGGGAAAAAAAGCUCUUGCCCAGUGAUCUUCAACAGUAGAUAACUGGCAUUCAGUUGUUUAUAUUAGAAAAUAAUAGAUUCCAUGGUAGAGCAUCAUAGUUAGUUCUAGAGAAUUUGCAUUUUAUGAAUUUUAAACUCCUUCAGGUAAUACUGUGAAAUUAUAUUUUGUUUUUUUUCAUAUUUAUAAGAAUUUUUACUUAAUGUGGUAAUGUCUGUCUUUGUUUUUUAACUGUUUUGUUACUAAAGAGUAAGUACCCUGCAAUCAUGCCUGUGUAAUUGCUUUGCAUUGCAGCACCAGUUUUCUCCACAUUGGGGCAGCAAAGCACUUUGCUUUAACAACACAAAACUUCUGCAAUUCCGAUAACAGAUGGGAGUUCAUUUCCAAUUUGCUUGGGUGGCUGCAGAGAGAUUAGUGUCAGGAUAUGCAGCACAUCUUGCAAGGUCAACAAAGGACAAACACAAAAUUAAAGUGGAGAUGCAGAAAAGCACAUGAGUGUGGCAGUUUUUGUAUGGAUAAAUCAGGGAGUCUUAAUUUUUUAUAUUUCCUGUCCACAGCCAGAUUUAUUUAAAUGGCAUAAAACAAAUCAUAUUAUUUAAAAGUCAUUGUAUAUGAAUACAAAUCUGAAAUGUACAUCGGAAUACCAAAUAUUAAAAAGUUAAUUAGGUGUGGGAAUAGCAUUUUUAAAACGCAAUAGAAAAAAACAUUGAUUUUCAGCCUUAAUUUAAUGAUGAGGAUAAAGAAAAUUCACAGAUGAACUAAGGCACAGUGUUCCAAAGAUAAUUAGGUAAUUGUGGUAAUGCUGAACUAGGAAACGGCAGCCUCAUUUGCUUCAGAUGGUUUUAUAACUCCCUAUAAUCAUUUUGCUCUGUUUUCAAUUUAUGCCUAUUAUGCUAUAAAGUAGACUUUGAGUAGUUCCAUUGAGAAAAUGAAAAAACUUAGACACCCUGUUCUGGAGUGUUAAUUAAGCUAGUGAGAGUACUAAUACGACGUACAUUUAAUCGAUGUGUAUGUUAGAUUCUGUUCAUUAAAGUGUUGUGUAAGUCACAUUAACUUAGGAAAGUCACACUGCAGGAGUUGAGCUUUUAACUCAUUUAUAUUACAUUUUGGAAAAUUAUCAGACCAUUUUCUGUUGUUAACAUGAGUAAAAUGAACCCAUUUCAAAAUAUUAUUUGGGUUUUAAAUAAUGUGAUACCAUUUGCAGUGACUUUGUAGAAGAUUAGAUGCUAAAAGCACACUGGAGAAUGCUGAGACACUGUUUCUGAAACCAUUUUGAACCUGCUAGAAAAGUCCAGUUUUUACCAUCAGGUAAUUCUUUCCUUUAAAUUAAAUUCUUACUUAAUCUUCAUUUCAUUUUUUUCAAGACAAAUGACCUAAGAGAAUGAGCCUCUUUUUAUUCUGUGUAAUACAGUAGUACUGAUUAGUAUUGUUUAGUAGCAUUUUACAUCACAAGAUCCUGUCGAAAGUUGAUUCCUGACUUGUGCCAAAUGAAGUAGUGUUAGGCUUUGGAGUAACACAACCGCCUAGUAAAAACACUUGGUUUAGAUGGUGGAUGGUCAAUGUGUCAAUUUCUAUGGGUUCAGUUCUACUGCUGAAAAGAUCUGGACACAGGAGAGACAAUAUGCUUCCUUUGAGGAACAGGUUAAGGCAUUUCCCCAUGACCCAUCAGACCUUUUUCAAGUUAACACUGAAUCAUAUUCAUGAGGACGACAGAGGAAAAUUAAGGGAAAAUGUGUUUAAAAUGAAACCAGGGAGCCCUUCUUCACCCGAAAGGUGGUCAGAGUAUGGAACAAAUUAUCAAAUCAUAUAUGGAGCAGAAGUCCUGACAACUUGUAAAAACUAUGUGGAUAAGAUACUGGGAUAUGUCAACUAGUAACUAAACAGAGGAGUUUGAACUGAAUGCACUCUCUUGGCUGUUUUCUCAGACUUUUAAUGUUAUUACGUUAAUGCUUAAUUCAUCUCUGAAUGAAAGACUGAAUAAAGAACUUUGAUGUAAAAAGAUAUGCUAGCAUUAUUGUAAGCAUAAAGCAAACUUAAUCAUUUAAAUUAAUAAAGUACUUAAUUUAAAGUCAUGAUUCAGAGACACAAAUCAUCCAGUGUGCCCCACCAGAACUAUUUGAACCCUUUUUUUUUCAGUUUACAAUCAGUUGUGGUGAAUGAGGUGAAUUUAUUUUUGUAGCUGCUAGGCCUCUAGGUGACACAGCCUGACUGUGUAAAUGAGGUUUUCUUUACAUAUGGUGUUAUUAAUGUAAUGAGCCUAACUUGGUUUCCACUCAUGUUCAAACUGAAGUUAAGUUGAAGAAACUUCCCAUAUAUACAGGUUUAUAGGGUCAAAAUUGUCACAUGUACAGAGAACAGAGAUUGCAGAUAUGUCAUGUGUAUUGGGGUACCUUCUACAGGUCCCUCAGAAUUGAAGGUUACGUAAAAUGAAAACCUAAUUUAUUCAAAUUCACAAAAUAUAAGGAGACAUGGGGUGUAAAGGCAAAUUAGGAGCCA